ACCACGUCUCUCGCCUCCGUCGCAUUGGCUCACUUUUGAUCGACUGGCUUUCCCUAAUGAACUGGCUUUGAACAGUGAACAUUACUUGGCGGUGAAGCAAUCAAAUUUCGGUGCAAUUUUGUUCGGUCAUCUCUGAUUUCAUGAAUCAAGAAGUAAUAAUCGUCGACGAGAAUUUCCCUCUUUUCUCAAAACCUCAUCGAAAGAACCAUAAACCUUCCGAGAAUCCUAGCACCGCCCCUGUUUCUUCCGCCGUCGACAACGUUGCUCCGAAGAAGCCUCUUCCGAUUGAGAAAUCCACAGAACUUGGCACUAAAUUCGCCGACGAUGUUGCAUUUGCCGACCUCGGCUUGUCAGAAGCGAUCGCACGGACUUGCGAAGAAUUGGCUAUGAAGAAGCCUACGGCGGUUCAAACCCACUGUAUCCCGAAGAUUCUUGCUGGCCUCGACGUGCUUGGUAUUGCCCAAACUGGGAGUGGGAAGACUGCUGCCUUUGCAUUGCCGAUUCUUCAACGCCUUUCCGAGACACCUUUUGGUGUCUUUGCGUUGGUGAUCACUCCCACUAGGGAAUUAGGCUAUCAAUUGGCUGAGCAGUUUAGGGCACUUGGUUCCGGCUUGAACUUGCGGUGCUCAGUGGUUGUUGGAGGAAUGGAUAUGCUGAACCAGACGCAGAGUUUGUUGAAGAGGCCUCACCUUGUAAUUGCAACGCCGGGAAGGGUUAAGGUGUUGCUGGAGGAGAACCCUGAUAUCCAUGUCGUCUUUUCCAAGACUAAGUUCCUAGUUCUCGAUGAAGCAGAUAGACUAUUGGAAGUUGGCUUUGAAGAAGAAUUGAAAGUAAUCUUCCAAUGCUUGCCACUUAGCCGUCAAACUCUAUUAUUCUCUGCUACAUUGACAAAGAAUCUAGAAACACUGCUUGAGCUUUCUGCAAACAAAGCUUACUUUUACGAGGCCUAUGAAGGCUUCAAGACAGUUGAUAUGCUCAAGCAGCAAUAUGUAUUAAUUCCAAAGGACAGGAAGAAUCAUUUUCUACGCCACAUUUUGUCUAAAAUGGAACACAUGGGCAUCCGAUCAGCUAUCAUAUUUGUCCAAACUUGCAAAAGUUGUCACCAGUUAGGGUUGUUGCUUGAAACACUCAAUCAGGAGGUGGCAGCAUUGCAUUCAUUCAAGUCACAGUCUCAGAGGCUUGCUGCGCUCUAUCGGUUCAAAUCAGGACAAGUUCCAGUAUUGCUUGCGACCGAUGUUGCUAGUCGAGAUGUCCAAGAGAUUUGUACACCGUGUGGGACGUACUGCACGUGCAGGCAGAGGAGGAUUCGCCGUGAGCAUUGUUACCCAGGUGCACGUCACUGAUGUGGUGGAUAAUUGUAACCUUUUAAUUCCGACAUGUUUCUUGGAGAUGAGCUCAGCAUCAAAUGUUAAUAAGUGUCUUUAAAAAGUUGCUUUUCAUAGAUGUAGUCAAUGGGCGACUACAUCAGUAAGCUGCAUUAUACUUGUACUAUUGUAUCGUAGCUGUUCUGGCUGUCAUAUUAAACGCUCUCCAAUAUACCGUUUUUCUUGUAAAAAGAAACAAUGUACUGUUUUUUUUUUAGUACAACAAA